AUGUCCAUGAAUAAUUUAACUACUACCGGAAUUCCUAUUUGGAAUAGUUUUGUGUUUUCCCAAAAUCUUACUAGUAUUAUAGUAGAACGAAGAAGAACCUUAGGAAAUGGUACCACAACAACUGAUAAAGCUACUCAACUUCCCGAUUCAUAUAUAAGUAAAACUGACACGAAUUCAUUGACUUCGGGAGAUUGGACUUUAACUACGGGAACUUCGCCAUGUUUUUAUUUUAAUAAUUCUAAUAAAGAUUAUAAAUUCAUACCAGAAAUUGUUGGUCAACUUAUUAUAGUUGUAUUGGUUGAUGGAAAUCAAUCAAAAGCUGAAAACGGAUUAUUAUUUGGAGUAUUUGAUGAUAUUAGGCCACGUAAUGUGGUAGAACCAUUUAAUGCUGGAAUACCUUCAGUAAAUACUUAUACUUUUACUUUAACAGAAAGAAAAGAUCAAAAUAACAAGGAAUAUUUGUAUUUUACUGUUAAUACACAAAAUUACCAUCCUAUGACUUUUGCGAAUGGUUCUAUUGCUGCAAGGUUUCUUUAUUCACCUGAUACUUAUUUGUCUAUAAAAUACGUGGAAAAGCCACGAUACACAAUUUACGAUAUAAUCGCUGCAUCAGGUGGAAAUCUUACUUACGCCAUAGCAUUAUGGAUAAUAUUAUUUGAUGAAAACUCUCUUGAUGGAAGACUUAAUGAGCUUACUGAUAAAGAAAUUACAAAGAAAAUUAAUAAAAUAGUUGAUGAAAAACUUUGGUUCUUGGAACAAACUAUCAGUAGACAUUAUCUAUCUGGAUUUAGAUUACGUAGAUACAAUUCAGAUCUUAAAAAACUGAAACAUAAAAAUGGUCAUUAUGAUGAAUAUAAUGUAAAUUAUGAUGAGAUACAACCAUCACCAAGAAGAUAUUCAUCAUCAUCACAUAAUUCUUAUCCAGUAGUCCAAUUAAAACAAGUUGACCUUGGAAGAAAACGUAAACAAAGGAAACAAAGUGAAUCAAAUCCGAAGAUAAAACGAUUAUUCCAGAUUCAACUUUAG